UCAAAAGGACUUAUUUACUACACAUUCAUUUGUGACCUUAAUGAUGACCCCAAAAUGCCACCUGACUAUCCAAAGAUUGCGGCCAGAUCAGAUUUGCUUAAAUUUAUUUUCCUUAAGAAGAAUACACUAAUAUUUCAGUAGGUUGCCCAUAUAUGGCCUAGUAAUCGGCCAUUAUAAACAAUGAUGUAAUGGAAGAAUUAACCCUUGCAACAGUUUAUCGCAGGAUCAUCUACAUUCUACAACAUUCUGCAGACUGAUGCAACAAAGUCCCUCUACACCUCUUUAAUUCAUCAGGAAAAGCUUGCUUCUAUAAAUCUCCAAACAUGAAAUCUGAGAUACAUGGGACACAGUAAAGUUUUGGCUUGUCACCUCUGAUCAUGCAACACACCAGAAAUAAACUGCAACUUACAAAGACACCACUCCCGGGAGCUCUACGCAAGUCAGAAAGAACCUGCUCCAGUAGAGAGAUGAAUUCUGCCCAGAUUGUGAAAAAAGAAAAAACAUUGAGAUAAUCAGAACUCAGCGAGUGACAAGCUUCAGAGAUGGCGACACAAGUGUCUACAUCAGGGCCGAGCAGGCAGGUGCUAGGAUCUGAGGAGUACAGUCUGUACAGCAGUUUGAGCGAAGAUGAGUUGAUACAAAUGGCUAUUGAGCAAAGUUUGCUGGAAGGUAACUCUGGGCAAACAACUGCCUGCAGCAAUCAAAAACAAUCUGACAAUCUAAACGAGAGGGCAACAGCUGCCAGCUUGGCCAACCGGCAGACUCCACGACAAACACAGCUUCCCCAGCAUAACAGGUCUGCCCAGCCUAGUGCGGCGCCAUCACAUAACCCGGGGUCAAACAAGGCGACAAGGAGGAGGUAUGAUGGAAGCUAUUUCAGCACCCCCCAGGCUGUGGAGAAAACUCCAAUUGAACAGGCAAUCAUGAAUAAAGAUGCAGAAACAAUUAGUAAGAUGAUAAAAUCAGGACAAAAAUUAAAUGAACCCAACACAGAUGGAUGGCUACCAUUACAUGAUGCAGCAUAUUAUGGAUCUCUGGAAGUUAUGAAAAUUCUGCUUCAAACGUACCCUAACAGUAUUGAUCAGCGCACUCUUCAGGAAGAGACAGCAACAUUAAUUUCCACUACAAAAGGACAUCUAGACUGCUUACUGUUCAUGCUGCAGUCUGGUGCUGAUCCAGAUAUAGCCAACAAAAACAAGGAAACUCCCAUUUAUAAAGCCUGUGAAACGAAAAAUGUAGAAGCACUGAAGUUACUAAUACAAUACCACGCUGAUGUAAAUCAUCGAUGUAACCGUGGACUGGUGGCACUACAUGAAGCUGUGUCAAGAAAUGACCUGGAAAUCAUUUCUAUCCUGGAGAAGAGUGGGGCCAAGGUUGAUGCGAAGAAUAUUUAUGGCAUCUCCCCUCUCUUUACUGCAGCACAGAUCGGAAAAGUAGAUUUAUUACGAUAUCUCACUAAAUGUGGAGCUGAUAUUAACACACAGGCUAAUGAUGACGCAACAGCUCUAUUUGAAGCCAGUAAGAAUGGCCAUGACGAAGCUGUGGAGUUUCUCCUCUCACAAGGAGCAGAUGCCAACAAGCAAAACAAACAUGGAUUUUUACCAAUUCACAUUGCAGCCAAACAACGAGAUAACACAGAUGUCGUGUCUAUGCUAAUCCCGGUGACUAGUCGUGUCCGGGUAAAACGCAGUGGAAUCAGUCCUCUCCAUAUAGCAGCUGAGCGUAAUAAUGACGAUGUCUUAGAAGAACUAAUAGACGCUGGCUACGAUGUCAACAUGACUCUUUCUUUUGACCGUGCUCGUCUAUAUGAGGACAGAAGGAGCACAGCUCUCUACUUUGCUGUUAUGAACAAUAAUCUAAAUGCAGCUGAAAUGCUUCUCAAAGCUGGAGCCAAACCCAAUGUAGAUCUCAUUAAUCCCCUCCUAAUUUCAAUACGUCACGGGUGCUGCAAAAUGAUAAAACUUCUUCUAGAUCACGGAGCAAAUGUCAACACAUAUAUUUCUUCUCAUCCUACUUCCUUCCCAGCUACGGUCAUGUUUGCUUUGAAGUACCUGAGCCUGCUGAAGUUUGUUAUGGACCAUGGGUGUGAUGGAGAAUCUUGUUUUAAAUGUGACUAUGGUAAUGGACCACAUCCUCCAAUAGAAGUUAGCAGCAGAGAAGAUGAUGCUCCAAAAGAACCAAAAAUUGUUCAGUUUUGUGAAAUGAUUUCUGCUCCAGAAGUAAGUCGCUGGGCUGGGCCCAUAAUAGAUGUUCUUCUAGAUUACGUGGGAAACGUCAGCCUCUGCUCUCGCUUACAAGAGCAUUUAGACAGCUAUGAAGACUGGGCCGUCAUAAAGAAGAAGUCAGAACCUCCUCGGCCUUUGCUCCAUCUGUGUCGUUUAAAAGUGCGGGACAUUCUUGGACUUAAACGCCUAAAAAAGAUUAACAGAUUGCCGCUGCCUCCCAGGUUGAUUCGUUAUCUAAGCUACGAUUACUCUGAGGACUAUUAGACCGAUCGUCACAACACAGAGAAUGAAUGAAACCUCUGACUGUCAUGCAGUAGGUUACUUAUACAGAGUAAUUUGAAGACAGAUAAGGUGCUGUCUGUCAUGGAGUUGAAAUCUAACGUACAGCACACAUCUAUGAAGAAGUGAAAUGAAAAAAAGCAUAGAACAAAACACGUAAUUAAAGGUUUGUAAGAAUGUUUAUGAUAAGAAUGAAAGUCUCCCUUAUAGGUUCUGCAGAGGGAAGAACUUUUUUUUAUAUACAGCUCUGCCUUCCAGGGUCAAAAUGCAUUUAGCAUUUUUGCAUGUUAAAAAGUAAAAUAAAAAGUAUAAUAAUGAUAAUUGGGGGGGAAAAACAGCUUCUCCAAAAUGGUAACCAUUUAAAUGAAAGUUGGGGACUUCUCUGGGAUGCAAGGGUUUGAGAUCAAAUAAAGUUUUCAGAAUAAAUGAGUUACCCAGGGAUUUAUUGCUCGUCUCACUGAUGCAUUCCAGGUACUCUGGGAUUGAAGAAGUUAAAUAAAUAUUGUUAUAAAGUUUUAUAGUUUUUGGAUAGACUAGAGCUAACAUUAAAGAGUUACCUAGAAAAAAUAAAAAAAACUUGGGGGAUUUACUUUAACCAGUACAGAACUGAUGUAUGCAUUUUUUAUAGCUUUCCUUAAAUCAAUUUAUAAUCUUGCAACCCCAGAAAUGAGAAGCAACCCGCACGUAUCACACAGUUUGUGCAGUAAAACACUGAGUAAUAUUUUAGUUCAAUUGCAUGAUUUUUAUUCACAUUGUAAAGCAUUCUGCUAACAUAUAAAUCACUCUUAAUAUUAGAGCAAUUAAAAUAGUAAUAAUUGUGGCAUUUACCCACUGAGGUACAACUAUCAACUUCUAAAACAAAUAUUAGUUGAAAAGUGUCAGAUGAGUUCAGUUUCAAGACAAGUGAUAAAACAAUAUCCAAAAGUCAGGUUUUCACACACACCAUAAUUGGUUAAAAAAAAAAAAAAAAAAGAAGAAACAUAUGUAUUUACUUUUUAUGGGCUAACCGUGAUUUGCCUGCACAGUUAAAUACCUGCAAUUGAUAUACUCCGUUCAAUUCACUUAGGGUUAUUACGAUAACUGACAUUCUAUAAUUAUAGCACAUCACAUAUCAACUAACACACAGCUCUUACUUUGAGCUGAAUAAAGGGCAUUUCAGAGAUCCAAACCUGAAGCGAGGUGUGCUGGUGCCUCAGUACCCCAAAAAAUCUGCAAAACCAUGAGACAAUCAUUUGUCAUGGGUGUGGUAGAGGAGACAAGACAGAUGAGUGGGCGACCCAUCACAUAUCCCUGAGCAGUGGAGUAUGGGUUAAUAAAUGUGGACACCCCACACACUUUCCCUUAUCCAGUUUGCGUAAAGGGAUGGGAUGUACUAUAAUUAAAUUCAAGGUUCUACAGGACAUCCUACUAAUCAGGGGAGAGAUGCACAAUGGACAAGGAGGCCUAAAUCACCCGAUCUAAUAAUAUGCUUUAUAUAUUGCAGUACCGCUAGUAUUGUAUAGACUACCAAUUCGCCAAACUGCUAGAGUACCAAAGGGAUGCCUAGACAACCUGCUACUUACUAGUUAUAGCCAUUUACCCUCUUGCAAUAUAAUAUCUUCUCUACAAUACCUACAAGUUCCCCCAACUCCUGGCCCAAUAAUGAAACACUAGCACCACAAAAUUUUACAUGUUUGUCAAAUUGGUGUUUUACUGAUAGCUGUCUUGUACUACCAAAUUGUCUGGGUUUCUAAUAAAAAUCUAAUGCUUUAGAGUCGAUUAAUAUUACCAACUUAAAUGCCAUCUCAUUAUUGUUUGUAAUGUCAAAUUUUAAAGACCUCUGUAGAAAGUUGGUCCCAAGUCAGGUUUAUGUGAAAUGUUGC